AUGUUGCUGACCUAUCUGAUUGUCCUACCGUCCAUCAUACUGCAUGCCUUCGUCGCCGCAAAGACUUCACAACUCAUGACGACCAAAGCGGAUAGGCGCAUCAAGCAAACGGAUUCGUCGGAAACCAAUACGGACCUAAUUUGUCCUCGAUGCCAGGAGGAGCGCUGCAGACCCUCGCGGAAGCAGCGAUUAAACUGCCGGGGAGGCUACACGUUAGAUGUUUGCAACUGCUGUCCGACUUGCGCAAAGUUGGAGGGGGACUUGUGCGGUGGAGAUUAUCAGAUGUUUGGAAAGUGUGACCGAGGGAUGGUGUGCCAGCCAAACAGUGUGGAUGCCAAUAGAUACGGCGUGUACAAGAAUCCAGUUGGACGAUGUGAAAGAGUGAUAGGGACAUCUCUGUUGCAAGCUGACCAGCCGAAAGGACUCCAUUGCAAACCACUGUGUACACCUGAAUACUGCACUAAGAACCCUAAAGCAAUAUGUUCAGCUGUGGAAAACGCAGAGACGUCACAACCAUGCCAAGGCGACUGCCAGCAUACCUCGUGCAAAGCCUGUAGGCGUUUAAGCAAUCGCCCAGAUUGCCCUAAAUGUUCCAACGAUGAUUUUUCGUGUAUGAGGAACUUCGCCAAUUGCAUCAAGAAACAUUUAUGUAAAAGAACAAAAGGAUUGCCGUGUAAAAGAGUUGAGUCGUCAAAAUACGAUGGCUAUUUCCAAUGCAUCGUGCCAGAAUGCUUAUAACAUGAUAGAGUUAGAUCGAUCACAAAUCUAGGAACGACCCCUGGGUUCGAACGCUGAAGGUACGACGGAGAUCAUUUGAAUGUCCAGAUUGGAUUUUAGGCAUUGUAUUUUCCUGUUGGGUAGAUAAGCACUUGACUUCGACUUCGCCUCGUGACAGACUUGGAGAGAUAUGAGAGCAGUAUAUGAUACUCCUCAAGUGACACGUUAUCGACAUCGUUAUCCAAAGCUAAUCAUAGAAGCACGGACUUUUACACACCUUCUAUGAGUCCUUGACAGACGGAAGCUAAUAUGUGACAAAGAAACAGACUGUCUCAUGGAAUGGCUAUGCCGAAAGUCACCAGUCCUUACCACUCCCGCGACAUGUGUGACGAAACAGACUUUGUGUUUCAGGACCAUUUUUGGAGGAGAGCGCCUUGAUCAGGCUUUGGUAAGGCGCUUUAUAAACGUAUGAUUAUUAUGAUUAUUAUUGGUAUCAUUAUUAUAAGACGAAGUGGAAUCGGCAAAUAUAUCUUAUUUAAUCAUCUAAUUUAUAAAAAUCGUAUUUAUUCCGAGUUUACUGAAGACAGUACUCUU